UAUCAUAUAUUGUUACUAUAUUAUUGUUAAAAUAGCAAUAACAAUUUUAGCUCAAACACGUUCCACAUAUACCAACCCUGUUUAUUUCUCAGCUGUUAAUUUUUGGAGAAAAUGAAAACGAAAACAAUUUCUCACACACAUCUAUACAUACGUACACAUGCUUAACCACGCAGCAGAUUUCAUCAGCCAAUUUGCAAAAACAAAACUUGUAUUAAAAGUAAUUAAAUUAUUUUAAAUUAAACGAAAAUUUUAAAUACUCAAAAUGAAGGAACUGCCAACUAAAGAAGUAGCUCAAUUAAUACAUGAUAUUAAAGUGGGAAAUACAAUCGGCUCAUACAUAAUUACCUCAAAAUCACUAAAUCUAUUUAAACAUAUAAUAAACGAACAAAACUGGAAACAUGCAGAUGCAUUAAUGAAAAUUGUACGCACUCAGGGGCAUUUACUGCAGUCGGCUUUGCCGCAGGAAACCGUAACUACAAACAUAGCACGUAGAAUCCUUAAGCUGAUACGUGAAGAAUUUGAGCUACUGCAGGCGAAGGUGCAUCAAAUUAAUGACGAUUCUCAAGCAUCAUUAUCUUUGCAUAAACUUGUUACACAAACUAGUGAAUGUGAUAUUAGCAUAGAUUACUCAAAACCACAAAAAGGUUUACGUGAAGCAUUACUUGAUCAUUUGCAAGAAAUCGAAACGGAACUCGAAACAAGCUGCGAAAAUAUAUGCAUACAAGCUGAAGAACAUAUACACUCCUCUGAGGUUAUACUGACGUUGGGACAUUCACGUAGUGUUGAACAUUUUCUGAAGCGGGCCAUUAAAAAACGUCAAAGUCUAACAAUUAUAAUAGCAGAAUGUGCACCAGAUUGUAGGGGACAUAAUUUAGCGGCAAGUUUAGCAACAGGUAAUGUGGAAAUAAUUGUUAUACCCGAUUCAGCAAUAUUUGCUAUGAUGUCACGUGUCAACAAAGUAAUCAUUGGCACUCAUAGUGUGUUGGCUAAUGGUGGUCUACGUGCAGCUUGCGGUUCACAUACUGUAGCACUUGCUGCCAAACAUUAUUCCGUUCCUGUCAUUGUUCUAGCUCCAAUGUAUAAACUAUCUCCUGUCUAUUUGUGUUCCUAUGAACAGGAUGCAUUUAAUUUAGUUGGAUGUGCGGAAAAUGUUAUAUCGUACGAUUCAUUAGCUGCACGUUUUGCAAAAGUAUAUAGUCCAAUAUUCGAUUAUGUGCCGCCGGAGCUUGUGACGCUUUUUAUCUCUAAUAUGGGUGGUCAUGCGCCUUCGUAUGUUUAUCGUCUUCUCACGGAACUUUAUCAUCCUGAAGAUUAUGUUAUGUAGUUAUUAAUAUAAUGUAAUCUUAAAAGUGCUUUUAAAAAAUGAUCUUUAAUAAUCAUAGCAUAUAAAAACGUUUAUGUACAAGCCAUGCUAUUCAAUAGUUCGAAAUGAAGUCGUUUUCAAAAUUUGUCUGAAAUUAUCCACAACAUAAAACCAAUGUUUUUAAUAUAAUAAACAUUUUAAGUAGAUUAUAAUUUCAUUAAUAAUGAAAUGUUCUUCCAUAUGGAAAGUGAAUAAAUAUAUUCAAAAUAUUGCUUAAAAUUAGUUGUACACUAUCGUGUAUACUC